UUCAGUGUUCUUCGAAUGGCAAUGUUCAUCCACCAUAACGAAGUUCGAGCCUGCGCAUCGAUCUUCCGAGCAACCAUAGAAACAACAACGCAACGAAAACCAAAACAAUCAGUCCAUUAUAGUUCAGUACAAAAUUGUCUGAAUAUGAUCAAUGAUGGAUAUCAAAGAUAGCAGUGACGAAGAAGAAACACACAUUUCAGCGUUCACAAAAUUCGACGAGAGCAUUGAAGUGCGCAAUGCUGAAGAAAUACAGAGUCCCGUAAACCACAGGCCUUCAAGCUCCAGGAGACCCAGACCGAACCGUAGAAACGAAAGUCGUGAUGCUAUGGGCAUCAAUUCACCACGUGAAAAAUUAAAUUUUAAGAGGUAUGACAAUGAAGGCGGCUUUGGAAAGUCUAUGAGAAUGAACAGUGACCCCUCAGACAGUGAAGAAAGCGAUGACGAUGACAUAGAAGGAACCAAUAACGCUCAGCCUGUUGAAAUUUAUAAUCCCAAAGACUUUGAGGACUUGGACGUAUCCACAGAAGUGAAGGAACUGUUCCAAAACAUAAUGAGAUACACGCCUCAGAAAAUAGAACUGAACUACAAGCUCAUCCCCUUCAUUCCCGACUUCAUUCCAGCCGUGGGCGACAUCGACGCCUUCUUAAAGAUCCCGCGCCCAGAUGGAGUGGAGGACAAGAUCGGUUUAAACGUCCUGGACGAACCCUGCACGAAUCAGUCGGACCCGGCCGUGCUGCACCUGCAGCUACGCAGCUACAUGCGAAGCGCCGGUGCAGCGAGGCAGACUGUGAUCAAGAGGAUCGAGGACGCGGAAAAAAAUGGCAAAUCGAUCGACAAGUGGAUCGAGGAUAUGAAUCAACUGCAUAGAAGCAAGCAUCCACCAGCUGUGAAUCUUAUGAAACCUAUGCCCGACAUCGACUCGUUGCUUCAACAAUGGCCGGCAGAAGUGGAGGAAAAACUGAACGAGGCUGAAUUGGAUUUUACGGAGCUCGACUGCGAGUUGCAUGAGUUGGUUGAUAUUAUUUGUAAUCUGUUGGAUAUUCCAUCGGAUGGAGAAUCGAGACUUGAAGCGCUUCACACGUUGUUUACACUCUAUUUGGAAGUACGGAACGUAAAGGCUCAAAAAUAUUGAGGAUUUUAAUGAUUAUAACGUCCUUUUAUAAGGGACGAGUGAAGAUGGUCCCAAAAUGAGGUCGUAACAUUGGUAGACAUAGCUGUGUGAUAAUAUGCAUUCCAGUGAGGCAGUAAUUGCUGAGAAACAAUUGCUGAGAUGUAAUAGUUUCCCUUAGUUUCCUGUCAGAUUAUAAGACACAUCUCUCAGUUUUACGAACAAUGCAAUGAAUACGUAAGAGGGUUACGUAACCUAAGUGUCAUAAAAAAGCACUGAUAUGCACUGAAAAAUGUAGACGCAUUCAUGUUUUUAGAUAAUGUAAUAAAUGUCAUAGGUACAAGGAUAGGUAAUACAGUUGCAUUAUAUUAAAUGAAACAUAUAAGAAAUUUUAUACAGACAUUUGUAUACUUAUAAACAUUACACAUGGAAUAAUAUAGCUUUUAUAAUACUUAGAGGUUAAGAAAAGGUAUUUCCAAAUAUUUUAUCAUUUGUAAUAUAACAGUUGAUUCUAUUAAAUUAAAUUGUUUUAUAAUUGUAAUGCACUUGAAGAAUAGUAAUGUAUCGUCAUCUUACAGCAAACAGAAGAACUAAAAAUUUAUAUUCAUAAAAUAACUUUAAUGAAUGUUUAUUAGAAAUAUAUUUCAGAAAAUGACAAACUUUUUUAAUAGAGAGCGCUUUACUUCUACACCCACGCAGUUCCCGCUAGAUGGCAUUCAGGGUACCGUUUUCAACGCGCGCAUUAUUAUAAAAAAAUGAUGUGGAAGCCUGAAAAUUUCUUAAUCGAUCAAGACAGGGAUUGUGUAUAUAUCUAUUCUGUAUCUCUUAUCAUAGUAUUAGUCAC